CCCGCGCCCCCCCACCUGCUCACGACACCCGCCAGGAACCCGUCCCGGCACAGCCCAUCACCGCUGCCACCGCCCGUUUCGGGCCCGGUUCACGCGGCGUCACCUGCAUCACAAUAGGGCACCCGCGUCUCAAAAUGUCCCCGGUGCCCCCUUGCCCGGGGCCUUUGUCCGGGCCGGGGGGGCCGCGGCGGCCGCCGGGCGCGGGCAGCCUCUCGCCGGGCCGCUGCAGGAUGCCCUGAGCGGACGGACGGGCCCCGUCUGCGAGCGGAGAUGGAGGAGGUUUUGCUCGCCAAUGGCUACCAGCUGGGCAGGACCAUUGGGGAGGGAACCUACUCCAAAGUGAAGGAGGCUUUUUCCAAAAAGCACCAGAAGAAAGUGGCUGUUAAGAUUAUCGAUAAGAGGGAAGGCCCAGACGAGUUUAUUCAGCGGUUCCUGCCCCGGGAGCUGCAGAUCGUCAAGCGCCUGGACCACAAGAACAUCAUCCGCGUGUACGAGAUGCUGGAGUCCGCCCAGGGGAAGAUCUACCUGGUGAUGGAGCUGGCGGAGGACGGGGACAUCUUCGACCGCGUGCUGCACGAAGGGCCCCUGCCCGAGCACCGCGCCAGGGCCCUCUUCCAGCAGCUGGUGGAGGCCAUCCGCUACUGCCACGGCUGCGGCGUGGCACACCGCGACCUCAAGUGCGAGAACGCCUUGCUGCAGGGCUUCACCCUGAAGCUGACGGACUUCGGCUUCGCCAAGCUGCUGCCCAGGACCCGCAAGGAGCUGAGCCAGACCUUCUGCGGCAGCACGGCCUACGCGGCGCCCGAGGUGCUGCAGGGCGUCCCCCACGACAGCCGCAAGGGCGAUGUCUGGAGCACGGGCGUCAUCCUCUACGUGAUGCUGAGCGCCAGCCUGCCCUUCGACGACACCGACAUCCCCAAGAUGCUGGGCCAGCAGCAGAAAGGCGUCUCCCUGCCGAGGCACCUGGGCGUCUCCGAGGAGUGCCAGGACCUCCUGAAAAGCCUCCUGGAGCCAGACAUGAUCCUGAGGCCUUCCAUUGAGGAAGUCAGCUGGCACCCGUGGCUGACUAGCCCCUGA